UACUCCCCAAAGAAAUACUUCAAGGGGAAGGAUAGUCCAGAUCCUUGUUUCUAAGUCAAUUCAGGAAUCUAUGUAGUGGGAGCUGGUUUUCCUCUGUGUGGUGGUUUGGGCACAGCGUGAAAGCAGAGGACAGAAUAUUUGGUUUUCCAUGAAUGUGUAAUACCUCUGGUUUCAGAGGCAAAGAAAAGGAGAGAGCUGGUAGCAUUGGUGGGGGGAGGUCAAACUGUGCUGCUUAAUCAGAUUAGGACGGAUUUCUGCUGAUGAAUUAAAAUCCUGAAAGUAGAUACUAGGAGUUUGAGCUUGGCAGGGGAGUUGCUACUUCAAGUAAAACAGGACAAAGUCACAGUUAAAACAAUGCCAGCAAUCAAUAUAGAGGAUCUGAGUGAGAAGGAUAAACUAAAAAUGGAAGUGGAGCAGCUCCGGAAAGAAGUCAAGUUGGAAAGGCAGCCUGUUUCCAAAUGUUCAGUUUUAAUAAAAAAUUACAUUGAAGAAAGGUCUGGAGAAGAUCCUCUGGUGAAAGGCAUUCCGGAAGAUAGGAAUCCAUUUAAAGAGAAAGGAGGAUGUAUUAUUGCUUAGAACUACAUUGAUUAGGCAACUGUGAAACUAUAGAAAGCACCCUAGAAUAACAGUCCAGUUAAAAUUCAAGGAGUUGCUAUCAAAUCAAUACAGAGGGACUGAUUUUUAAAAAACUAGAAUGGAAAUGCUGGCUUAUGAUUUCAUUCCCUGAAGCAUAUUCUUGCUUAAUGUAUCACUAAAUGUAUUCCUCAAAGUGGUUGUCUAAUCUUUUAAUUUUCUAUGCUGCUUGCUGGUUUGAAAAAUAAUAAGAAUAGGGAUAUAAAUCUGUUCAUGAAGCAAUUAAGUGUUAUUUUGGUAUAGAAAAUUCAUGAUUUAUGGUAAAAUACCUCCCUUAUCUGUCUAUGUGUGUGCAGAAUAUAGAACUUUAAUCUCAGGAGCACUGUAAAGUUAUAUUGUCAUAUAAAAUUGAAAUUUGUUAAGUGGUGAAA